AGGUGUCUUGGACGCCGGCGGGCGGUCGGCGCUGAUUGGCGGAGCCGGACCCGUGGAAGGAGCGAUCGACGCGAGGUGGCGCUGGACAUUGGCGGGGAGGGCGCGGCGUCGCAGGUGACUUGCUGCUUGCUGCGAGGCCUGCAAUUCGGUUCUCUGCGGUGUAUGGAGACGCGCCGCCUGCACUUCGCCCGCACGCAAAAGACGGCCUCUGCGCGCCCGGGGUCGCGGCGAUCGGAGCUCGCUGGGGCGGGCGCCGUAUGUAGGAACGCUGCGUCGAGCGCUCCAAAUUGCGGCAUGUAUGGAUGGUGACGGUGCAGGCCGCGGUUCCGACCGCCAAAGGCCCAAGCGGACGGAAGAGGACAAGGCCGUCCCAAAACAAACUUCGCAAUUAAUCGUUGCCAGCGGCCGAUCGCUCGUCCAAAACCCACACCAGGCGACUUGUCCCGCGGGUCCCCCGAAGCGAUGUGCGGGUGCUGCUAGCCGAUUUGGCUUCCGGAUGACGCUGCUGCUGGCAGAAUGCCCUCACGCAACAGCUGGCGGCGUGUGGGAGCGCGGGCAUUGCUCAGUGCGGUCCUGCGCGCAAUACGGAUACAGUGCACAGUGCUGGCUAAUAAUGGCCCGAAGCCGCCCAUUUCUUUCAUCCUCGAUCAUCCACCCUGGCCGGCGUCCUCGGCACGGUCGCUUUAGCUCUCCCUGCAGGCCACUCAGCGCCCAUUCAGCCACUAGAGUUGCCGUCACGCCGCUGUGCAUUCCUCAACCUGCUUUAGUGCUCAGAUACCCACCCGAAGAACCUAAACUGCAUCUACUCUCCCUCGCCCUGGACUUCCUUCCACCUGCCUGCUGGAACACGACCGCCGUCCCGCAUCAUCACGGCCUCACCGCAGGCUCAUGUGCCAUUAUUCCGUCAUCCCGCAUCCUCUAUCAGACGCCACUGGCCGGAGACCGCUGAGGCGGUUACUUCGUGGCGGGUGAAGCAUCGCGAUCGCUCGCCCCCGCCAAAGUCCGAGUCCAUCGGAGAGCGCCGCAAGAAGCUCUCGCACGCGCGCUCCGUCGCUUGUCCAUCGAACAAUAGCAAUA